AUGACGGCGUCGACUCUCACAGAGCUUAUCAAAACGUGCUCUCGUUUGACCAGGUUUAUUUACACUCACGAAGUGGAAGAUAAUCCCGACAUACCGAGUCCUGGUACAAUUUUCCAGGGGUUGAAGAAGCACGGUUCAAGCCUUGAGGUACUCUGUUUGAGCUUCCUUUUCUUGGGAGAGGAUGAAGACGACCUUCCUUCGCCUUACAUCGACUCAUUCGACGAUUUUACGUGUCUUCAAGCCCUUUGGAUCAAUUGUGCUUGCUUUGACACGGAAUCGCAAAGCAGCGUACUCCGGACCAUCCCUGCGUCUUUGGAGAGGCUACACCUGGCUGGAGACGUCAGUGCUGUUGCGCAUGAUCUGGAAUGGUGGGCAGACAUAAUUACCGACAAGAGCGACAGCCCAGAGGAGGAGGACAUUGAUUCUCUCGCUGGGUGGGGGUUUUCUUCGGAUGAUGAGAGUGAAGACGGUGGCUCUCAGGAUGGGAAGGGCGAUUCUCACGACCAAGCUGAAGAUGAAUUGGACAUAGAAGAGGAUCCUUUAGAGCACGAGGAAGACGAAAUGAACGACGGGGAAGAAGACGAGGACGCGGAGAGUGAAGAAGACGAAACUGACGAGGAUGAGAAUGACGAGGCAGAUGAAGAAGAGGAAGAAUACGACGUGGAUGAGUACAGAGAGGACGACUGUGGUGAGUACGAGCACGACGAGGACGAGUUUGAGGAGGACGAGUUUGGACAGGAUAAGAACGAAUUAGAGAAGUGUGAAGAGGAUGUCUACGAAGAGGACGAGUACACAGGGGAUGAGUACGAGUUUACGAUGGACGAAGGGAGCGAGCGCGAGGACAAACACGAGGGCGAGCAGGACGAAACCGACUAUGAAGAGAACCACCAGAACGAAAACGAACAGGCCGAGAACCAGGAAGACAACCAGGAAGACAGCGAGGAAAGCGAGGACGAGAGUGACGAGGAUAGCGACAAGGAGAAUGAGGGUGAAGACGAGGUAUACGAGAAACGGCCCAACCGCAUUCACAUCCCAUCAGAGCUGGCUUAUGACGCAGACAAUUACGCGAUCUCCGAAUGGGUGACAGAGGCGUUUCUGAACGACGAGUUCAUUGAUUUCCGCAAUUGUGUUGAUUCAAAACCUGGUCAGUGGUACUCUCGAGCAGAAGAUCCGAAGGAGCGAAUGUGGAUCUGGCGACGACGCUAG